CGCAUAGCAUUUUUCAGCGCCAAGUUGUGAAUAAAUCGAACGACCGAAAUAUAAACAAACUGCCGUAGGAAAACAGUUUUCCAUACAAACUGAUCGCUUUCUAGUGAAAAAGUGCAAUUUUCCUUAAGUUUGAAAUGCUUUCUCAGUACGUGGAAGAACUGGAACAGGACCCCUUCGAGGUGGAGGAAUUCAUCGAACGUCUCUGCUGGCGCACCAACAACGAGAUCGGCUCGGACCAAUUCGACCCGGACCUGCUGCACGAGACGUUCGUGGAGACCAUCAAGGAUCUGAAGAUCCUCCAGGAGCGGCAGCAGCGCAAGUGUGACAAACUGGAGGACGCCCUCAAAGACGAGCAGAAAGUGUUCGUCAAGGCGAUCGAUAAGUUUGUGGCCAAGCAUCAGAUCUCGGUGGAUUAUUUCCAUCAGCUGGACGAGAAGAUCAAUUCGGUGGCCGGGAAGGUCAUUCACCUGGGGGAGCAGCUGGAAAAUGUGAACAUUCCGAGGAGCCGUGCCGUGGAAGCGCAGCUCUUGCUGAGUCAUAUGGGGGACUUUUUGAUGCCGGGGCCGAUUGUGAAUGACGUGUACAGCGAUAAGGGGAGGCUGUUUGAAGCGGCGGAUAUCAUUCAGAAGCUGUACAUGAUUUCGCAGGAUUUGCCUGCGAGUCGAUUUGCCAAUGCUAAGAAGAAGAUCGAGGGCAAAUACGACGAGAUCGAGAUGCAGUUGAUUGAGGAAUUUGCCACGGCACAGAAGAUGGAGAACAUCGACCGGAUGAAGGAGAUUUCGACAAUUCUUUCGCAGUUCAAGGGUUAUUCGCAGGUUAUUGAUGUCUAUAUCGAGCAGAGUCAGGCCGUCACCUAUGGAGGACGGGACGUUUUUGAUGGGAUUGUCCCUUUAUGCCACAAAAACUACAAAAUAAUUAAGCAAGUUUUCAACGCACCGGAUCAGGUGAUGAGCAAGUUCAUUCUAAACAUCUACCAGCUGAAGAUCAAUCAGUUUGUUCAGACCAAGCUGGACGAUCGGAAGGACGAAGGAAAGUAUCUGAAGACGUUGUACGAACUGUACUCAAGAACAUUGAAACUUUCGAACGAGUUGCAAGAGUUUAUGAAGGAAUCCGACGACGAUUUACUUCAAAAACUCACGGCCAAUAUUUUCUCCUCACAUCUGGCAUCCUACAUUGAGGUGGAAAGCCGCAGUUUGGAAGCGAGAUGUCAGCUGGAGCUGCGGAAAUUCUACGAGAACAAAAACCAUCAGAAGAAGCAAGUUGAGAGGUUCCACGAACUUCGCCGCGAUAUGCAAGCUUUGAUCGGAGCUCGUACGAACAUUAACAUUGCCCAAAUAGAAGACUACGGAGGGGAAACGUUCCUAUCGGAAGAGUUGGCCAUCAAUCUCCUGCAGCAGUCGUCUUGUGCCUUAGAGCGAUGCUGUCUACUGUCCAAGGAGGUUGAUCUUCCCCGAAACAUCCUCAAACUGGCCGACAUCUUGCUUAGAUUCUUACUUCACGAGCACGUCGACUAUGCCCUCGAUCUGGGACUGCAGGCAAUUCCGAUCGCCGAGUGUAAGUCUACGCCACAGAUCUACUUCUUCGACGUGGCCCAGAAGUGCAACACCAUCGUCCAUCUGCUGGAGAAAACCUACAAUGCCAGUGUGAUUCCCAAUGUCCUUUCAACAGCCCAGUACACCGAUUGCAUCCAGAAGAAGCGCUUCUACCUUGAAUCUAUCGAAACCAAGAUUGAAACUGGUUUGGAGCGCACCUUGAAUGCCAUCUUUGGCUGGGUCAAAACCUUCCUGCAGAACGAGCAGAAGAAAACGGACUUCAAGCCGGACUCGGACGUAGAUACCGUGGCCUCGAAUGCCUGCCUGUCCGUCGUUCAGUACGUAAACCCGCUGAUCACCCUCAUCCAGCGGACGAUCGAUGGCGAGAAUCUGUCGGCGGUCAUGACCGAAUUCGGCGUUCGCUACCAUCGGGUGAUCUACGAGCAUCUGCAGCAGUUCCAGUACAAUACGGCCGGGGCGAUGUGCGCCAUUUGCGACGUGAACGAGUACCGGAAGAGUGCCCGGCCGCUGCAAUCUCCGCUGGUGACGCAGCUGUUCGAUGUGCUGCACGCGUUGUGCAACCUGCUGCUGGUCAAGGUGGAGAACUUGCAGGAGGUUUGCGGGGGAGAAACGCUCAACUAUCUGGACAAGUCGGUGGUGAUGAACUUUAUACAGUUGCGCAGCGAUUACAAGUCGAUUAAGAUCUCGAACUCGCUGAAGGGCAUUUCCGAUCAGCGACACGUUUAGGUGAGUUAUAUUAUUAAUAUCGUUAAUAUCAAAGUUAUAUUCCAAGUAUUUAUUAUGAACAAUAAACAAAGUAUAUCACA